AUGGUUUAUUCUCUAAUUGCUUGGAACGUUCGUGGUUUGGGAUGCGAUCGGAAGAGGGCUCGGAUCAAAGGAAUUCUAAGAAGAAGGAGGCCGUCUAUCGUUGGUCUUACUGAAACGAAGUGGAACACGUGUGACCAGGGGCUGGUUAAUUCGAUUAGUGGCUGCAGAGACACAAAUUGGGCGGCUAAAAACGCUUGUGAUAGUAGAGGCGGCAUUGUCAUUUAUUGGGAUCAUGUUCUAUACAAGAAAUUGGAUGAGCAGGUUGGAGACUACUGGCUUAUGGUCCAUCUAGAGGAAAUCCAGAACAAGAUUAGCUUUUGCAUCAUGAUUGUCUAUGGACCGCAAGGAGUCAGGGAUAAAGAGAGAUUCAUCUCAAGUAUGAAGGCCUAUUGCCAGAAUAUCUCGUCUCCCCUGUGCGUCAUGGGGGACUUUAACCUUGUUCGAUCUCAUGAUGAUUAUCGGGGUGGCACGAGAAGUCAUGAAUUAAUGCAGGAAUUCAAUUCUUUCAUCUUCGAAACAACCCUUAUUGACCUGCCUUUGAAUGGAGCUUCCUUCACUUGGAGCAGUGGUAGAGAUUCGCCCUCUAUGUCCAGAAUUGACAGGUGCCUUAUUUGUUCUCGUUUCGAGGCUUUGUUUCCGAAUUGCAGGUUGUCCGCUCUUGAAAGGGUUGUUUCUGAUCAUAACCCGCUUCAGCUUGUUUGGGGGGAGAAUUUUAGACUGCAUCGACCUUGGAAGUUUGAGAAUAUGUGGCUCUUGGUCAACACUUUUAAUGAUCAUAUGGCUGGGUGGUGGAGCAUCCAACCCUCUGGAUUUGGUGAUCUUUUUCUGUUCGGGCAGAAACUUAAACAUUUGAAGAAUUCCAUCAAAAUCUGGAACAAAGAGGAAUUCGGGAGGGUGGAGAGGAAGAUUGCCGAGACUCUUGAAGGUAUUAAAAUUAUUGAUAGAAGGGAAGAGGAAGGCUCUAUUAGUGAAGAGGACAGAGUUAUGAGAAGCAACCUAACAAGCACUCUGGAUCAAGUGUUGUACUUGGAAGAAGUUUCCUGGCGUCAAAAAUCCAGAGAGACGUGGCUUAAGGGAGGUGACAAAAAUACGGGCUAUUUUCACAAGGUGGCAAACUUUAAUAGAAGAAGGAAUCUUAUUAAUAACAUUAAGAUCGGUGGCGUGGUUGCUGAAGGUAAAGACGAGCUGAAAGGCGCUGUUGUUGGUCACUUCGUGAAUGUUUAUCAGGAGGAACAACCUGUUCGUCCAUUUCCUGCCAACUAUCACCGGUUUGAGGUCUCAUUGGAGGAUGGGGAGCUGCUCACAAAUCAUUUCUCUGAAGAGGAGGUUUGGAAUGUGGUCAAGAGAUGCAGGGGCGACAAAGCCCCCGGACCAGACGGGUUCUCCCUGGCCUUUUUUAAAAAACAUUGGAACCUGAUUAAGGUUGAUCUGCUGAAAGGUUUCGAGGACUUCUAUCACAGUGGGAAAAUUCCUAAAUCUUUAGCCCAUUCUUUUGUUUGUCUCAUCCCCAAGAAAGACGCCGUUGAAGACAUCAAGGACUUUCGUCCGAUUAGUCUCUUGGGGAGUGUAAACAAGCUGAUCUCGAAGACUAUUACAGAACGCCUUAGACCGACUUUGAUGAAGGCUAUCUCUGGGAAUCAGUUUGGCGGUCUAAAAGGUAGGCAGAUUCAUGAAGCUUCUUUGAUUGCAAAUGAGUUAAUCGACAGCAGGAAGAAAAGUGGAAAAGCGGGUCUUGUGUUCAAAUUAGAUAUUGAAAAAGCUUUUGACAACGUCAACUGGAACUGCCUAUUCAAGAUCUUGAAUCGUUUGCGCCUUCCGGAUCGGCUGAUCUCUUGGAUCAAAGGGUUAGUUACUUCUCCGAUCCUCUCUGUUCUUGUUAACGGAGAAGCUGCUGGUUUUUUCAAUAUCAGGAAGGGCCUUCGCCAAGGGGAUCCCAUGUCUCCCUUUCUCUUUCUGCUUGUGAUGGAUGUCCUCUCUGUCAUGUUGGAAAUUUUGAGAUCGGAGGGUUUGAUCUCUGGGUUCUUUAUGAAUGAAGCAUCUGAAGAGGGAGAGGUGACUCACCUUAUGUAUGCCGACGACACCAUCAUAUUUUGUGAUGCGAAUGAAGACCAGGUUCUGAACCUCCUAUCAACUCUUGUGUGCUUUCAAUCUGUGACCGGAUUACGAAUUAACGUGGAGAAGAGUGUGAUGUUCCCUGUUGGCAAUGUUGGUAAUCCGGAUGUUUUUGCUAGAAUUUUUGGGUGCGGUUGGAAUUUUCUGCCUACUAUUUACCUUGGUGCCCCCCUCGGAGCUAGCCCAAAUUCCUCAGCGAGUUGGAACAAGGUGCUGUUCAGAUUUCAGUCGAGACUUGAAGGUCCGGCCAAGCUGAUUUGGAACCCCAGUCCAAAGGAUGGUUUUUCGGUGAACUCCAUGUAUCGUGCCCUGAUUCAUGAUAGAAUGGUGGGCCUCGACAAUUUUCCAUUCAAGGUGGUGUGGCAACCGCACGUUCCGUCUAAGAUGUGUCCUUUGCGAAGAGGCUGA